GCAGAACAUAUAGGAAUCUGGAGCUGAGAAGAGGGGUCAGGUCUGGGAGGACAGAGCCAGGACCCCUCAUGCAGUCACCAGAGAGCAGGGAUAGAUGCUCAGAAAGUGGGACCCAGGGUGGGAGCCAUGCAUGGGCUGGGGAGAAGGGGAAGGCAGACCACAGUGACUCACCUGCAAGGCUGAGGUUCCACAGGGUCCAGGGAGGACAGUGGCCUUGACUGUGUUGAGGGCCUUGGCCUGAGAGGUUCCAGGGAGAGAAGAAAGAGAGGCUGGUGCAGAUGGGGCUCAGUGGCUGUUUCCAGCUGACUGGAUGAACAGAAAGACUGUGGAUGGAUGAAAAAAAGAAAGAUGGACGAGGGAUGAAUGGAUGGAUGAAUUGAUGGAUGGACAGAUAGGCAGAAGGGCAGUUGGGUGUUGGAUGGAUGGAUGGAUGGAUGGAUACCUGUAUGGAUGGACAGAUGGACAGAUGCAAUGGUGGUUGGAUUGAUGAAUUGAAAACAGGCAGAUGGAUUAUGGACAGAUGGAUGGGUGGAUGGAUGGAUGGAUAGAUAGUUGGACAAAUGGAUGGAUACCUGGAUUUGGACAGAUGGACAGACAGAUAGGCAGGCAGUUGGGUGGAAAACACAUGGCUGGAUGAAGGAUGGAUGGGUGGGUGGAUGGAUGGAUGGAUGGACAGAUGGACUGACAGAUGGGCAUUUGGAUGAAUGGAUGGAAAACAGAGAGAUGGACAAUGAAUGGACACCCAGAUGAAUGGACAGAUGGACAGACAGAAUGGUGGUUGGAUUGAUGAAUUGAAAACAGAUGGAUUAUGGACAGAUGGAUAGAUGGAUGGAUGGAUGGAUGAAUGGACAGAUGGACAGACAGAAUGGUGGUUGGAUUGAUGAACUGAAAACAGACAGAUGGAUUAUGGACAGAUGGAUGGAUGGAUGGAUGGUUGGUUGGAUAGAUGAAUGAAUACCUGGAUUUGGACAGAUGGACAGCUGUGUGUGUGGGGACCAAUCAGGGCCCUGGGAGAGGAAGACUUGGGAAGGGAUUCUACGGGGGGAUGGACUGUCUGCUCUCCACGGGGCUCCAAGGAAGGAGGGAAAUGGGGAGGGUCAUUGUGAACACCCAACGGGGCUCAGGAGGGGACAAGGCAGGGGCCACCUAGACCCCGGACUCCUUCUCUACUCGUCUCGCAUCACCUCCUCUGCCACAGGUGGGCCCAAGGCCUCACCCACAGUCAGCCUCUUUGUGCCAUCCACUGAGGAGCUGGCCACCAAAAAGGCCACACUGGUGUGUCUCAUGACUGGAUUCUACCUGGCAAGCCUGGACAUCCAGUGGAAGAAAGAUGGCAGUGUCAUCUCCCAGGGCAUGCAGACCACCUAGGCCUCCAAGCAGGCCGACAACAAGUACACGGCCGGCAGCUACCUGACCCUGACGGGCAGCGAGUGGAAGGCAGGACGCACUUACAGCUGCCAGGUGACGCAUGAAGGGAGCACCAUCGAGAAGAAAGUGGCUGCUGCAGACUGCUGUUAGCUCCCCGACCCUCAGCCCUUCCCGUGAGGCCCUGACUUGCCGGACCCUGCUGGGGUUCUCCCCUUGCCCACCGUCACCCAUCCCAGCCUUUCCACCCAAACCCAGUCCACUCUCAAUAAAGGAUCCUCAUUUCAAUCACAA